CCUCUUUCACCUGCCACUCAUCGUCGUUAGAAUUUAGAUUGAUCAGAUCUUCGCUAAUUCUGUAAAAUCAUCAUCACUUUUUUUGUGUGGAGAUUAUCAGUGGGAAGAAAAAUGGCGGCGAGGCAAAUGGAAGAGAUACAGAGGAAACUGGGAAUGUUGAACUAUCCCAGAGCAAAUGCUCCUGCUCAGUCCCUUCUCUUCGCCGGCAUGGAGCGCUACGCCCUUCUCGAAUGGCUCUUCUUUCGGUUGUUGGGAGAGAAGUCACCUUUUUCCCAACAAACUCUCCAAGGAGACACCAUGGAUCGCGACGAAGAGACUGCUCGAAUUCAAUAUUUAGCGGAGAUUGCCAAGUUUCUGGGUAUUACAACUACUAUAGAUACAGAAGCCAUUCAGGGACGAGGAAGCUAUGAAGACCGCACUGAAAUGCUUCGCCUUAUUGUAGAUCUUGUCGAGGCGAGCAUAUAUGCGGAUAACCCAGAAUGGAGUGUUGAUGAGCAGGUAGCGAAGGAUAUACAAUUAGUUGAUUCCAUUGCGGAGAAACAAGCUCAGAUUUUUUCAGAAGAGUGCAAGUUGUUCCCUGCUGAUGUCCAGAUUCAAUCAAUAUAUCCCUUGCAUGAUGUGUCUGAGCUGGAGACCAAGCUUGCCGAACAAUCAAAGAUACUCUUAAAUCUUCAGCAGAAGGUCGAUGAUUUGGCAUCAAAGCAUGCUUACAACCCAGAUGAAGAGCAUGCAGAGGUGGAAUCCCAAUUGCGCUCCCAUUUGGAAUCUUUUCUUGAAACCGCGAGAUCAUUCAAUACAAUAUACACCAAGGAAAUUCGUCCCUGGACACACAUGAUGGAGGUACCCCAGCUUCACGGGUUUGGACCAGCCGCCAAUCGUUUAUUGGAGGCAUACAAGUUGCUUUUAAAGUUCUUGGGCAACUUGAGGAACCUGAGAGAUUCAUAUGCGGCUCUCGCUGUUGGUUCGUCAGAAACAAUCGCUGGUGAGCCCUCCUCCGUCACGAGAAUUAUCUCGGAGUGCGAGUUCGCCUUGACAUUCUUAAAUCGUGACCUUGGAAUUCUCACAUCUUCCAUUGCUCGGGAGCGGGGCGAGGAAGUAAAUUUAAGCAUUGCUACUGGCAUUUUUGUGGUUUGCCAGAACUACUUAAUGCUUAUAAUCAUUUGUGGACAUGUGCCAGCCUAAAAGAUUGCAAUGAAGGAAACGGCAAUUCUUUUUUUUUUUUUAAUCAAAAACUGCUUAAUGCUUAUAAUUUUUGUGUACAUAUGCCAGCCUAAA